UUGCGAUGCGUUGCAAAUUUGAAUUAUUUUAGUUUAAAGUUGAAUGAACUAAUUCGACGUUUUUGCAAACAUAAACAAUAUUUAAACUAAGUGACAAAGUUUGUUCGGUUAAAUUUGUAAUUUACAUUUAGUUUUAAAAAUGGAUCCAACGAUAUCGGUUUCAAAGGGCUGCUUUGUAUAUAAAAAUGGAGCAACAAGAGCAUCCAAAUCAGUUAAAAAGACGACUAAACGGAAGCAUGGCAGUACAACAUCAGUGCUUGACACAGAAGUAACUGAACAACCGUUUCAUAAAGUUUAUUCGCAAAAUUGGCAAAAAUUUCAGAAACACAUUGAAACGUUGCAGGAACAAAGCAAUGCACGAAUUUUAAACGAUUUAGUUGAUUAUGUGACUAAUGAAACUCUCAGUACAAAUUGCCUAGAAUCAUAUGGUAUAGAAGAUAUUUUGCCUACAGCAGCGCUUCUAACAGGCAUCAACCAAGUCGAUCACUUGGAACAGUUUGAAACGCUAUCACAGCAUAUACGCUCAAAAAUGUCAGCUAGCGUUUGUGUGCUACAGUCACGCGAUUGUCCAAAUAUAAAAUCCGCUAUAGAAACUAUGGUCUAUAACUUUGUAGAAGAACCCUUGGAAGAAUGUGAAGACCGUGAUCAUAAGCGUUUGAGACGUUCUCAAUGUACGAUAAAACAAUUGAAGUAUUGGUAUAACAACAAUUUUUCCAUAGAAAAUAAUGAAUCAAAAGAAAACCUGGAAGAAGACAGUGAUAUAUCUGAAAAAGAAACUAGAAGUACAUCUCAUGCUUUAGUCGUAAUUUUACACGAUUUUGAAUGCUUUAAUACUAGUGUACUUCAGGAUUUUAUACUCAUACUAAGUGCAAAUCGUGCUCAACUACCUUUCGUGUUAAUACUAGGUAUUGCUACAGGCGUUUCGGCUGUGCAUAGUGCAUUACCCUAUAACGUUACUUGCAAAAUAAAGCUUCGCAUUUUUCAAACACAAGCAGCGCUGGUCGGGCUCAAUGAUAUAGUGGACAAGGUUAUUUUAUCACCCAAAUAUGCAUUUCAUUUGUCUGGCAAAGCACUCAAAUUUCUAACGCAUAUUUUUCUGUAUUAUGACUUCUCGUUAAAUGGUUUCAUACAAGGAUUCAAGUAUUGUCUUAUGGAACACUAUUUUCAAGGUAAUGCCUAUGCGCUCUGUACAAGCUAUGCAGCGUCGUUAAUGAAAAUAAAAUCCAUGACACAUGAUGAUAUGGAAACAAUACGUCGUUUGUUAUCAUUCCGUCCGUAUGUUGAGGGUAUUAAUGACUGUAAGCGUAUCAUUGCAAUACUAACAGACGAUGAUUAUCUGAAGAAAAAGUUACCGCAAUUAUUACGCGACUGUCAUGUACAUUUUAUGGUGAUGCGUACAUUUCUUGAAUUCCUAACAGCUUUAGUUAAUGAUUUACCCAAAUGUCCAUUGGGUAAAUUUCGACGUGAAUUGUAUGCGAUAUGUUUAUCCAAAGAUCUCGUAACACAGCCUGAAUUCCGAGAAUGUUGGCAAUAUCUCAGUUUGAUGUCAAAGGAUGAAUUUGUGGCAAAAAUUUCUUCAGCAAUUAAGGCCACACAAGAGUUUCUACUAACGGAAGUAGAUUCACUUGAACUAGCAAAUGACUGCGCAACAAUUGUCGAAGCAAAACUUACUACUGUUAAGGAAUUAUUGACAAACAUUGUUAUGUCCGGUGUAGAGACAAAAAAGAAUGAAAAAAAAACUAAUUCCGGCGAAGAACUUAAACAAUUAUCAUCGCGUCAGGAUCUUAAAGAGCGUUUACUUCAAUUAUCUAAACAAGAAAAACCUGGUUCCGAAUUUACAAAAGCUGUGGAUGAAAUAUUAAAGUAUAUACAAACUGAAAUUGUUGAAUGUCACUUAACACCACUGCAACGAGCUCCACCAUUGCAUGAGCUCUUCUUUUUCACUGAUAUUAGUGUGGUGCGGAAAAAUAUUAUUGGCGCACCACGUGCUGCUCUACAUAUGGCACUCAAUAAUCCACAUUUUUAUUUGCAAUGCAAAUGCUGCCAACUGGAAGAGCAUACGCAAUUAUUGCAGACUUUACCAGAUUUAUCGGUAGCCUAUAAACUGCAUUUAGAAUGUGGACGCAUGAUAAAUUUAUUUGAUUGGCUGCAAGCAUUUCGAUCAGUGGUGGAUUAUAGUGAAGAGGAAAAUGAUCAAGUCGAUCCACAAAUACAGGCACGUUUUACACGCGCUGUUGCUGAAUUGCAAUUUCUCGGCUAUAUCAAAAUGUCUAAAAGAAAAACAGAUCACGCAACGAGGUUAACCUGGUAAAUUUAGUUUCGUUGUGCUUUUAUGUUAAGUCAAUUUGUUACAUAUAAUAAAUUAUUUUUG